AUGUCUUUGGUCGGUCGCAGCGAUUGCAGCUUUUUACGGAUAAAAUUCCUGACUAUGGUGGGGUCGGUAUAGAUGUGUGUUAUGAAAAUGGUGAAGUGAAGUGUUCUAGUUUAAAAUCUACAACUAAUCAAGUGCAUUUUUCAGCGAGGAUGUGUGCUUUGCCAUUUUUAAAAAUGCAUAAAGCAACGAAAAUGUCAGACCCAUGUUUAGAACUUCAUAGAAAGCAGCAAGAAAAAAUGUUCAGUUUUUGUACUGGGCUUGAGCAUCAAAGAUCGAAUGUGAACCAUCGUUCUAAAUACAAGAAAGAAAUUCUGUCCAGUUUAGAGAUGCUGAAGAAAAAUAGUUCAAACGAAUCAUUACAAAAUGUUCGAAUUCCAGAGAAAAUUGUUGAGCUUUCUAAAGAAAUUCCACAGUUCAUGCCCAUUUCUGAUACAAAUUUUUCAUAUGCUGGAGGAUGUUUGGUACAUUCAUAUUCUGAUGAUUCCCCCGUUCUUUUGCAUCCGAGUGGGAAACGUUUGAAUAAGUUAUCUAUCAUUCCAUUAGAAGAAAAUGGUACAGCUGAAAAAAGAUUUAAUCCUAAAGUUUGUAGUCAGCACUUUGUCAAACUGAGGGGAGAAACCAUUCUACAAAUUUCAUCUGCUUCAAAUGGCAUAUGCUAUGUUCGACAAAAGGAAUCCAUCCAUUUCAUAAAUUUUAUGAAUUUAAAUGAGAUUCAAACAGACACCAUGAAAGGAGUUGGAGCUGUAAAUAUAGCAGCAAGUCCAUACAAUCCAUUGGAGCUCCUUUCAUUAUUUCCAGAUGGAAAACUGAAGUUGAAAAACAUUGAAACAAGGAAAGUUACUAAUGUCUCAAAAAUAGUCUGUGAUGAAGCUCUGAUGGAAUACCCAAGAGGAUGUAGUUUUGGCUCUCAACCAUUUUCAUUUCUAAGCCUUAGCAAUCAUCAAUUGUUGUUAUACGACUUGAGAUUAAAGAGUAAGCCAACUUGCUCUCUUUUCUCUACCCAGCAUCCAUCAUGUUAUCUGAAGGAAGAACUUUCUGUUCUCAAAACUUUAAGCAGCAAUACUUUUCAACACUUUGCUGCUUCUAAUAACCAUUUAUUUUUGUGUGAUGAAAGAUAUCCAAAAGAACCGGUCAUGUUAUGGAACCACUUGCUGGGUAGCCAUCCUUUGUACUGUAGCAACACUGAAUACUGUAGUAGUUCUUUACUUCCCUCAUCAGAUGUCUUUGUCUUGCUUAGCACUCAAGUAUCCAGAGAAAUUUGUGCAAUUUCUUUGAAAUCAUCUGUUUCUGAAGUACAGCCCACCACUUUAACUUUACCUUUUUUUCUUUCAUCACCUUCUGACUGCAUAGAAGCUUUAAAAUUGCAAUGUGUGUUUGUGGACAACUCUCAGUGUGCUAGAUUUUAUAAUUCAAUCAUUGGAUUAAGUGCCGUGCCUCAUACAAAAAGUAAUGGAUUUACAUGUUUUCAACUCUCUUCACUUGGAGAUGUAUUUUAUCAAGAUUUUUAUGAAAGUUCUGAAGAAACUCUUAUAAAUUUUCGCAAUGGUCCAGGAUGUGUAUUGCCACCAGUGGAUAAAAUAACAAGUCAACUGUCAUAUUUGAAUUUGGAUCAAAUGCAGUUGGAUGAACAAAAGUCAACUGAUUCCUUGACUCACAUUGAUGCGGAUUUGAAGGAUAUACUAAAAUUUCCAAAAGAAAUUUCUGCAGAUUGUAUUCUGUGCCGAUGUGAACAAAAUGAAAAGGAGUUUGUUUUUUCGGAUGUAUGUCCUUUUUGUGGUCUAAACAACCUUCAAAGUAAACAGCUAAGUGAAGCAGCAACAAAUUUGAAUGUCAUUGGCAGUGAUUCUGGGAGGAUAAAUUUAAAUGUAAACAUAGAAGCCCUAUCCGAAUUUACAGAUUCAUGCAGUAAGAAUAUUUUGGAGUGUUGGUUAAGUGAUUCAAAUGUUGUUCCAGAGGAUAUGGAUUUGUCUGAUUUAUGUACAGAAACAGGAUUCAAUACCCAGUCAACAGUCAGUGAAAAAGGUGCCAAUGCUUCUUCAUCCCUUGGGGAUUUAGAGAUGCAACUAGAUCCAAGAACUGUAUUUACAGAUUCUUUUUGCAAUGAACUUUUUGAGAGUGCUGACUAUUCUAAAGAACUGAUACCCUCCAGCCAAGAUAUAAGGCCUCUGCAAGGAGAAACGUUGCACACCCCUUUAAAACCAAAAGUGAAAUUUGCUCGAAAAUCUACUGCAGGAUUCUGAAGUUAUGUUGGCCAUAUUUUCAAAAAUAUUUAAAGAAUGUAAAUAAAAAUGUCUAUUUUUUUUUCUUUAUCAGGGAUUUCUUCCUUUCCCCUUUUUUGAGUAAUUUAUUCAAUUGUGAGCACUGAAAUUCA